UUGCCCUGGCCGGCACCUGUGCAGUGACCUACAUGUAGUAACCGCCGCAACGCUCAUGCGUUGGAGUCGACAUUUCAAGGUUUAAAUCGGUGUUGAAGCUAAGCUUCACACCUCUUUACACGUGGAACAUGCUGAAACCAUGUGUCUGGCCGAUCUUCAGUGAAUCUGGCGCCUGGCCGCCCUAAUAAAAAAUUGGGGGUUGCAUGAAAACUAGUGACGAGCCUUUACUGGUUUUCUUCUCUCGAGUUGACUCAUCUUCAAGUUUGCAAUGAUGUGGCCAGGAUCAUCUACCGGUGCCGCUGGCUCCAGCCAUGUCGAGGAAGCUUCACCAGAUACAUGCAAUGUUGUCAUUUUCGGAGAAACAGGAACUGGCAAAAGCUCCUUAGUCAAUUUAAUCAUUGGGCCAGAAAUCGCACCGACAUCCUCCGACGCUAAAGGAUGUACAGAUGAAACCAAGGAGUACUUGCACGACCUUGCGAUUCAAAGCAAGACCUUGAAGGUAAAGCUUUUCGAUACAGCCGGUCUUGGUGAGGGCUCUCAUGGCAAAGUCCCCGACAAGAAAGCUCGGAGACUUUUAAAGGACCUUCUUCAAAGGCUUACGCAGCAAGAUGGCAUCCAUCUUGUCAUGUACUGUGUUGAUGGCAAGAAAAAGGGCACGGAAGCCAUCAAAGCCCUGUGCCGCAACUACCAACUAUGUAUCUCCGAAGUUAAGAAAAGAGUCCCAAUCGUCCUCGUCGUCACACGUUUGGAAUAUAUAGAACCAGAAAUGGAGAAAUGGUGGGAGAACAACGAGCGGUUCAUCUUAGAGCACGGCAUGACCUUUGCUGGUCACGCAUGCAUCAUGACACUGGCCGAAGAUGCGACGCUCAAGGAGCGCCACGACCAGUCAUACCUCGCCGUCCGCAAGCUUAUUUGGGAGUGUCAUUCGAGGAACGGGCCCAGGAGGAACGGACCCAAAAGGAAGAGGAACGUUCCUAAAAGGAACUUGUUCAACAAGAGAAAAAGGACCGCGCCCCACAGAACCGAGCCCGAAAGGAACAAGCCUAAAAACAUCGUGCUCUUUGGGGAGACGGAGGCAGACAAAAGUUCACUCGUCAACCUUUUGGCGGGAAAGGAGGUGGCAGUCGUGUCUCCUGACCUGCAACGUUGUACGAUGCACUGGAAAGACUACAACAUCGACUUCGGAGACGAGACUUACAAGGUGUUCGAUACUAUUGGACUUGAGGAACCGCAGCUGGCGAUCAGAGAGUACCUCGAGUCUGUUGACAGCGUCUAUAGGCUCAUCAAGGAAUUGGACCGACAAGGCGGCAUUGAUUUGCUUGUGUUCUGCAUUCGCCCCUGCCGAAUAAAUGCUACGCUUUACAGCAAUUACAAGCUGUUUCACGAUUACCUUUGCAAGGGAAAUGUUCCCAUUGUUCUUGUGAUCACGCACACCGAAAGAGGGAUGGAGGGCUGGUGGGAGGGAGUGCAAAGUAAAUUCGAAUGUUAUGGGAUCCGGGUCGCUGGUCACGCGUGCAUCUUCGUCGCUGAUGGAUUGGAUGGCCCAUACGAAACCCGUGAUGACGAAGUCACGAUCCGCAAUCUUGUGGAGCAGUUUACUGCCAACGGGCAGAAGCCAGCAUGGAUAGGAGGGGACGAUCUUUUUGUGUCGCUGAUGCUCAAGCUGAAGGAAUUACCCGCAGGGCAUUUGCGUGUGAAGGGGGUGAGUAUCGUCUCUCGCCUCAUGAAGCGUUGCGGUACGUCUCGACGAGUCGCAAGAAGGUUGGCAUAUAUGAUUAAACAAGACCCGGUGACUACUUGACGCCUCAUUUUCGCAGUCACAACAGAUUUUGUUGUCGUCGAUACUUAAGAAUAAUACUUGAAGACCGGGAGCCUAUUUGUACUUAUGUGGUGUGAAGGUCCGACGAAGUCUGUCGGACCUCGCGUACUUCGAUAUUCUCUUUUGCAC